GUCGGUCAGAGCUUAUCUACGUUUGCUCAGCUGUUUUUAACAAGUCAACAAGAAGUGCUUGCUCAUAUUUGUUGGUGGCAGAAUUUUACUUUGUGCUGAUGGAGGGAUGUAGGAGCAUGAUGGCAGCCCUGUCUGAGAACAUGUUGACCGUCAGCAUGUUACUGAAUGUCUUCUUCUUCUCAGGAGUUCAGACUGGUUGUGACAAGGAACCAGACCUCAACAUUACUGCACCAGAGGAGAUGGAAGCUCUGAGUGGAUCCUGUUUGCUAAUCCCAUGUAGCUUUAGAGAGAAACCAGGAGAAACCUUUGUUGUCAAGAAGAAAACAUUUGGAGUUUGGAUAAAGAGUCAUCCUGUGUUUAAAGAUAAGCAAUUUAACGUGAUCUACAACAGCAAUAAGCCAACGAACAUUUAUAACAUGAACAUUACUGGAAACCUGAGUAAGAGAAACUGCACCACUGUGUUUUUUAAUGUAAACUCAAGUCAAACAGAGAAAUACUUCUUCAGGAUUGAGAACGGGUGGUUCAAAGGAACAGCUUCCUGUGAUCCUGUUAAUAUAACAGUUAGAGAUUCAGCUUGGAGCCCCAGGAUUGAAAUCUCAGGUGAUGUGAAGGAGAAGGACUCUGUCACCAUAACGUGCUCAGCUCUCACUCCCUGUCCACAAUCACCUCCUGAACUCACCUGGAAUCUCCAACCAGACUCUCCCAGACAGAUAGAGGAGAACACAGAUGGAACGUUUAGAACUAAAAUCCAGCAGAUCAUCACUCUGUCAGACACACAUGAUGGAUACAACAUCAUCUGUUCUGUCAGAUAUCCUGUGGAUGGAGGAAAACACAGCAAGACAGCAAAGACAGAAGUGACUCUCAGUGUUUCCUAUGCUCCCAAAAACACCUCAGUAUCCAUCAGUCCAUCAGCAGAUAGCUGGGUGUACCUGAACUGCUCCAGCAGAGCCAAGCCUCCCAUCAGCUGAUUCACCUGGUUCAAGAAGAGCAAACAUGGAGCCAUGAAAGUAGCUGAAGGACACGUCAGGUUAAGCGUCUCUGAGGGAGGAAUUCACUGCUGUGAGGCCAAGACUGAAGGUAGUGUUGCCUACAUUGGAAUAAAGAUCGUGGGAAUUGUGAUUCUCUGCACUACAAUCGUGGUCCUAGAGUGCUGGUCAAGGUUAGUUUGCAACAACAAACAACAGAAGGAAACAGAACAAGCAGACGAUAACAACAGAGUGAUUGAGAUCCAAGCUUCAUAAGGAGACCAAGAAAACAUUUUGUUCACUGUUAAUAGUGAGUUCAGAUGUCUGUGGUUAAACAGGCAGAAGUUGUUAUUCUGGGUUCAGAUGUUUUACCAGCUUACCUAAGCUUGUAUUACACAUUUCAGAUCAGAGUUUAACUGAAAAAUUUAGAAAAUAAUUAAUAGGGAAUAUUGAUUUAGUACAUUUUAGGUUCCCUGCUCCACGAUUCUCACAUUGUGUUGCUAAUGUCAUAAAUUAAAGUUGCUAAGAAGAGGUAAAGACGUUUAGAAACUAGCAACAAUUUUUGAACUGUAAAUAUUUUAUAAGUAGAUCAAAGCUGUAUUUUACUUUUUUUUUAGCAAGCAUCUCUAAUACCUAGUUCUCAGUACAGGUUUGUUUCCAAUUAUUUAAUGUUACUCUUUAAUAAUUUUUAAUGCUUUUUAUAAACUUUCACUUUGUCAUAAAGCAUCAGUUUCUCUUUUUAUGCAGUAGGUUGUUUUCAACACAAGAUGGCUGAGGCAGCAACAGUGAUCCUUCAGCUAAACUCACUAUCUCUAUUUAUUCACUGUAUAGCUAAUAGCACAAAAAGUGAAGUCACCUGUCACCAUCUUGGUACUUCCCAUUCUCACUGAGAUGGGCCAUAAAAUGCCUACCUGUGUAGCA